AUGAUCCUCAAUGAAAAUUAUUCCCAAAUAGAGAGGUCAUCUGACACUUUGGAUAUGAAAACUUUGGGUCCCAACACCUUUGGACUCAUGAAGCAAUCUAGAAAUUCUACCAAAUUCAUUUUUCAAGGAUUAAAAGAGUUGGUUAAAUUUGGAAAGUUUGCAGAGAUAGAAGCUGUUCAAGCUUCUAGAACUCUAAUUGGAACAGUAACUGAAGAAUAUGUAGCUCCAGCAAGAUCAAAUCUCAGUUCUUCGUUUGAGGUUGUUGAUGAUUCGGAUGAUGAUGAUGCUAAUGAUGGUGAUGAUGACUCUAAUGAUGAUGAUGAUGCUGAUAAUUCUAAUGAUGAUAGUGAUAGUGAUGUAUCACCGAAGCAGCCAAUCAGUAAAGAUGUGGAUACUCCAGCUGAGACAGAAAAUGAUGUCAAUAUCUUUAAGCGUUCAAAAAAUCCCACACCCAAACAGAUGGAUGCACUCAUUGCUCAACUAUAG